AUGCGGCGUGUGCUGCGCACUCCUCUGCGCCUUGGCGUGCUCGUCGUGACGCGACGGACCAUUAUCCCGGGCCACAUCCCCACCGAGGACUCCAAUCCCAACGGCAGCAAUCAAGGCUGGGAGAUGCGCCGCGGCCACCAUCUGCAGAGCAGCAUCGGACUCCAUACUCCCAUCAAGACAGCUUGCGGCCGUGAGUUUAACCCGCAGGUCUACUAUGAGGUGCUGCAGGCUUGCUGCGAUCAGCAGUGGCUGGUCGCUAUCCAGCGGGAGCUGAGGACGGACACCGAGUACGUCAACUACCUGCGCCAACACGGUGGGGCCGCCAAGGAUAUGCGAGUGCUCACCGACGGUGUGCGGCACGACGACGAGUUCAUGGCCAAGCUGAAGGAGAAGCUCAAGACGGAUGAAAAAAUGUCGCUCACGCUGUGCGCGGUGCAGGACAGCUACGUGCGCAUCCGCAAGAAGCGCGACCUUCAUGAGACACAGGUGGCGGCGGACGGCGGCCGGGACCCGUAUACUUCCAUGAAGGCGAGCCGAAAGGGCGACUUUGGCUCUCAGAUGCCCCAGUUUUAG